GGCGAAGGCAAGCAGUGACAUCACGCGAUCGUCGGCACGCAUGCGCCCAUCAGCGUGUUGUCUCCCGCCGCGAUGGCCAGCCUCAUCGCGAUACUCGACCUCAAGGGCAAGCCCCUCAUCCAGCGCUCGUAUCGCGACGACGUGCCCGCGUCUUACGUCGAGCGCUUUCUCCCGCUGGUGCUCGACCUUGAGGAGGAAGGCCAGCAGGUGACGCCGUGCAUCUCUGCGCAGGGCAUCAACUACAUGCACAUCCGUCAUUCGAAUCUCUAUCUCCUCGCCCUCUCCAAGCGCAACUCCAAUGCGGCCGAGAUCAUCCUCUUCCUCCACCGCCUCUCGCAGGUGCUCGUCGAGUACUUCAAGGAGCUCGAGGAGGAGUCGAUCCGGGACAACUUUGUCAUCAUCUACGAGCUGCUCGACGAGGUCAUGGACUUUGGCUACCGCGCGCCGAUCACGGUCAAGCUCAAGAUCCGGCGCGGGUGGCGGGUCACAGCUCGCCCGCGUACCCUUCGCUUUCGGUUGGAGUGACGGUGGUGGGUGGUGAAGGCAAGUGCGUCCUUUGCAUCACGUGACAAUUCUGGUUUCUGCUCGCAGCGACGCGGGAGUGGGCGCGUUCGACGCGCAAAACGUCGCCGGCCACUUCUUGUUCAUAGAGGCAGGCCGGGGGAGGGGACGCGCGCGGUCUAUUCCGCAUUCUCAGUCGGCGGAGGGCGGUUUGGCAGUCCGACGCGGACGGGUGCUAUGUGACCGUAUCGCCGGGCUGGGGUAUGCGCUGAACCGCCUUGGUUCUGCUCGGCGGCGUGCUCCGUUCGCGCUCAGACUUGGGCGGUGGGUGGGGGUGGUGCGUAUCUGUCUGCGUCUCGAUUUCCUUGUCGCUGCGCCCCCCUCGCCGCCGUCCACUGCCCUCCCUCUCCCCUCCUCCCCCGCUUUGCCCUUGCUAACCUUUGGUGGCGCUGCGCCACCCGCCCCUUCUCUCGACACGUUCCCCGCCUGUACGUAGGGUAGCUGCAAUACAAUCCCUUUGCCAC